GCUUAGUGAUGAAGAGGUUUAUCACGUACGAUGAUGUCUGAGUGUCAGUCAUUUGCUCCACACACCCGUCAAUACUUCAGAGCGCUGUGGACGACACAACGCCUGACAAAGGCAAUUUGUUGGUGUGUUUUGGUUACGAUGAAUUUGCUGGAGGAUGUCCCAUUUCAGACCUCACUGGGUCCACUGAAGGAGGAAGUACAGAUGGCAACGGCUCCAGAUAUUACCAUACCAAACUGCCACCAGAUACUGCGAGAAACUGAGUAUGGAUUCAACCUGGAAAAAUGGAUUUUAUGUGGGCAGCAGCCGGUCUGCCAGACCCCAUCCUGUCCCCCUUACUGUCUGAUGUUUAGCAGCCCUCAGGAGACUCGCAGGGCCAGUCGCAGGGGCAGCGACCCAUGGGCCCUGAGUCUUCGGCCCCGCAGUCACAGCCUGAACUCUGCAGACACCCGCUUUUUGCACCAUCGCACUGUCAGGUUCCUCAUAUCUGACUCAGAGGAUGAAGACGGUUACUGCGAAGAUAAUGAAGGCUCCUCAACUGAAGAUGCACCUCGCCCUGUUAAGAGCAGAGAUCGGCCCCGGAGCGCUGCACCCAAAGACCCAGUCUCCAGAGUCAAAGAAAUGCACCUUGGUCCUUCUACUCACCACUGUAAGCCUGACUCGCCUAAGAGCCAUAGGGGCCAUAGGGGCACGUUACCUUCCCUCCAAGACUGCAAACAACCUCUGCGAGCACUGGAGCAGCACAGGUCAGAGCAGGCCAGCCCCCUUCCCCACGGACAGAAGAACGGCAAGAAGAGGCAGCGUUCACUGGGCUCUGUGGGCAGAAAGUUCUCCCAAAAUAUACCACCUGCUGGCCCUUCUCCAUUCAGACUGCAGCAGCAACGACCCUCCUCUGCCGGGCCUGUUGUCAAAAACCGCAGACAGAAGGUCUUGAGGACUGGUAGCUCUCGUGGAGUUUUCUUUGACUCAGCAACAGAGCUGUUGUCAGCACUCAGCCAGGAAGAGAGGGAGCUACUUGAAACCAUCACAGAGAAUGGCUACCCCCUACGCACAGCCAUUCUGGCUCUGCAGAAGACAGGCUAUAGCACCCCAGAGAAGAUCCUGAAAUACCUGGUUGCCAGCGACCGCCUGUGUGAACUGGGAUACGAUGAAGCACAGGUGGAGGAAGCGUUGGAGAUGUUUCAGAACUGUGAGAGCAAGGCGGCUGAGUUCCUGCGCCUCCUGACUCAGUUUAAUGAGAUGGGUUUCCAGCAAAGUGCAAUCAAAGAAGUGCUACUUGUUCAUGGAAAUCACCGUGAGAGGGCUCUUGAAGAACUCAUGACACGCAUGGCUUAAACAGACCAUCUUCCUAAAGGGUUAUUUUCACAUCUACAGCAUGUAAAAUCUACUAGAUACAAUAUGUGGUCAAAAUGUAAUACUUAACAGAAAC